UUCUCGUUUUUUAAUUCUAAAAUAACUGUUUUCAAAUACAGAAAAAGAAAAAAAAAAACUCUCAGUUUCCUCUGUUUUUUAUUUAAUUUAGUUUUCUUCUAACUCAGAUUCAUACUACAACAUCGAAUCGGAACGAGUUCUCUGACUCAGUGUCGGGGUUUGUCUCUCUACCUCUCUCUCUCUAACUUUCUCUCUCUGCAUGGACGGUCAUUACUCUUCAUGGUCGAUCUCAACGGUCAGAUUUGCAUCCAGUAGUCACUCAUUUUCAUGCACCAUCAAUGAUCUUCAUCAUCUUCUUCUCUCUCUCUCUAUCAUCUUUGGAUCUGGGGUUGUUCACGAUGCUUCGUUUGUACGGACAGGCAUGGAGAAGAAGAAAAGGACCAUGAAGAUCACUACCUGUGUUGAAGAAGAAGAAGAAGAAGAAGAAGAAGAAGAGUUUUCUUCUGGUUUUUUUGGAUAUGGGCUGUGGAACUUCCAAGGUCGAUGACUUGCCGUUAGUGACUCUUUGCCGGGAGCGGAGGGACCUUAUCAAAACGGCGUCGGAUCACCGCUACGCUCUCGCCGCAGCCCACGUCUCUUACUUCCAGUCCCUCAACGACAUAGGCAACGCUCUUCGUAAAUUCGUCGACGAAGAGCUCGUCGUCGCCGACUCUUCUUCUUCCACCAUUCCUGGCUCUCCGGUUCUCACAUUGCCCUCAGACGAAGGCAAAAAGAAGAAGAAGAAGAACCCCGGUGGCGGUGGUGGCGGUGGAGUAGAGAGCAAGAAUUCGUCGUCGUCAACUUCGAUUUCGAUUUCGCAUCUGGAGGAGGAGGAGGGCAUUGAGGACUCCCACUUGCAUUUGUCUUCUGGGUCUGACUCGGAUUCCGAAUUGGAUUCCUCCGGUGGUCACAUUCACAUGGAGGAUAGCCCUUCAGGAAUGAACCACGGCCACGGCCACGGCCACGACCACAGCCAUGGCCACAGUCACGGUCAUAGCCAGAGACCUUUUCCUCAAAGUUAUCCUCAGAGUGAGAUUCCUCCAGGAAGUUACCCUCCCAAUUAUUGGUCUUCUCAGAUUCCUCCAGGAAGUUACCCUCCCAAUUAUUGGUCUUCUCAGAUUCCUCCCGAAACUUACCCUCCUCAGAGUGACUGGAAUUCUCAGACUCCUACCGGUAACGGAGUUAAUUCCUACAUGUAUUACGCGAAAAGGUCCGGGACGACCGUACAGUCCAGGGUGUAUGAGGAGCCUGAAACAGAAAGGUUUACUACUAGUGCCGCAGUUGGGCAAUAUGCCGAAUCAUCUUAUGGGUACCCGGGUAAUCCACAGUACGGCGGUGGUGGGUUUUUUGGUUUCUCAAUGAGUUCGCCACGGCAGCAGCAGUCUGGUGAUUAUCAAUAUCGGCAGCCUAGUCCGCCGCCGGCUCCGCCUUCUCCACCGAGAGUUUCAACUUGGGAUUACUUGAAUUUCUUUGAUACUUAUGACAACAGUGGUUACCCGGCUAAUUAUCCUGCUAUGAGAUACGGGUACGGGUCGAAUACUAGUAGUCCUGAUUCGAAUGAAGUGAGGGAGAGAGAAGGGAUACCUGAGUUGGAAGAUGAAACUGAUGCAGAAGGGAUGAAGGUCAAAGCUAAGAAAAAGAUGAAUGAGGAUAAUAACUUUAACAGGCAUAAGAAUUCAGGGGAAGUGAAGAAGAAGAUGCUGAAGGAAGAGACCUUAAACAGGAAUAAGAAUUCAGGUGAAGGGACUUCUAGAGCUGUACCUUCAUCUCUUAAGAGUAGUGAAGGAAGUUCCUGGCCAAUGAGAAGCAGUGAUAGUCCAGAGUCUAUUCCAGAGACUGAGAUAAAGAGUAGUUCAGAAACAGUUGAUACAAUUGAUACGAGUACGUCUAAGAGUCCUGAAGAAGAAGGGUCUAGGAAGAAAGGAGUGAGUUUUGAGAUUGAUGAGUCACCUAAUGUGGAAGAUGAGUCUUCUAAGAUGAGUAGCUUGACAACAUUGUCUGUUCAUGGUACAAGAGACCUUCAGGAAGUUGUCAGGGAAAUAAAGGAUGAAUUUGAAACUGCUUCUACUUUCGGGAAGGAGGUGGCUGUGUUACUUGAAGUUGGCAAGUUGCCUUAUCAGCCUAGAGCCACUUCACUUAAAGUGAUCGUUUCCAGGAUCCUGUACAUUAUAGCACCUUCCAUGUUAUCUUCAAGGACCCCACCCAGGCGACCUGUACGGUUAUCAUCUAGAACGUUGAAACUGGCAAAAGCAUAUGGUGGAGUUCCUGGAAAAGAUUUCGAAUUGAAGUCUGGAAACCUUUCUUCCACUUUGGAGAAACUUUAUGCUUGGGAGAAGAAACUAUACAAAGAAGUUAAGGUGGAAGAAAGGCUCCGCGUUAUUUAUGAUAAGAUGUGCAAGAGACUUAAGUACCUAGAUGAGCAUGGAGCUGAGUCCAUGAAGAUUGACGCUACCCAAGCUUCUAUACGAAAAUUGCUGACAAAAAUUAAUGUUUGUAUAAAAGCUGUUGAUGCCAUAGCAUCUAGAAUACACAAGUUGAGGGAUGAAGAGUUGUUGCCUCAAAUCACAGAAUUAAUUCAUGGAUUGAUAAGAAUGUGGAAGUCGAUGUUUAAAUGCCAUCAGAAACAAUUUCAAGCUAUCAUGGAGAGUAAAAUGCGCUCUCUUAGGGUGCAUACCAGUUCUCGAAGAGAGGCAGGUCUGAAAGCUACUGUUGAACUUGAAAUGGAGCUUCUUAAUUGGUGCAACUGCUUUAACAAUUGGAUUACCAUGCAAAAGUCGUAUGUUGACUCCUUGAAUGGAUGGCUUUUAAGGUGUCUUCUCAAUGAACCUGAAGAAACAGCAGAUGGUAUAGCUCCUUUCUCACCAAGCCGGAUAGGAGCCCCGGCAAUAUUCGUAAUAUGUAAUGAUUGGUUUCAAGCAAUGGAAAGAAUUUCAGAACAAGGGGUAUCAAAAGCAAUGAACGAAUUCGCUGGAACACUGCGCCAAUUGUGGGAAAGGCAAGACGAGGAGCAACGCCAGAGGAUUAAAGCAGAGUUUCUCUCCAAGGAUGUUGACAAGCGGCUUAGGCACUUGCGCAUGGAGAAUGGAAAACUAGAGCAGGAUCGCGAUGCAUCCUCAGACAAAACUGCUCUAUCUAAAGUUCAUUCAGGGAGUGGAAUUUCUCCACUGGAUGAUCUAAAAGUUGAUUUAGAUUCAAUGCGAAAGAAAUUAUCCGAGGAGAGAGCAAGGCACAGGGAAGCGAUCAAACUGGUUCACGAUGCAGCUUCAAAUAGUUUACAAGCGGGAUUGACCCCAAUUUUCGAGGCUCUCGGUAACUUCACUUCAGAGGUUCUUAAAGCUCACGAGCAAGUCCGACUUAAAAAUUCUGAAGAAUCGUAAGGAAGCUACAUAUCUCAUGUACGAUUAGAUAAGUUAAAUGCCUUUUUGUGCUGUGUAUCAUUGUUUAAGUGCUAUUGUAUAUGUACAGCUACUUUCAUGAGAAUCACACACACUUAGAACAGUCAGUCUAUGGAGAAGAGGGAAAAAGGUGAACUUUUUCCAUGAAGGAGAGCAACUCCUUAGGUGUUUAGGAAGGAGGGGUUUUAGAAUAAAAAAGAAAGAUUGGAGGAAAAGUAUUUAUAGAUGAGGGGAAGUACUAGAACUUGCCCUGCUUAUCUUGAAAUUUUCUUCUGCAAUGCAAACCCUCCAAAAAAAUAGGUAGGAAUUUUGUACAGGAAUUCAUUUAUUGGUUGAUUGGUUUGCAGGUGGCUGUAGUUGUCAAUGGCAGUGUUGAUGGAAGGAUGUAAUUUAAGUUUUGUAGAAGGAACUAUAUAAACAAUUUUGGCUGAGCUUUUUCUAAUAUAUAUAUGUAGAUAUAGAUAUAUAUUUUGUUUUA